AUGUACGGCAGUAAAACAAGGGAUGAAAGGAAAUAUUAUAACAGGAACAGGUCUGCAAAUUAUAGUAGACACCAACGAGAUGCUGAUGAAGGUGAAAGAAAUCAGUUCAGGUCCUCUCGAUCAGGUCGAGAGUCCAGGCGUGGAAAUAUUAGAUAUGAAAGUACUCAGCGUAUUGAUAAGUACUCAAGGGAUGACUAUGGAACUGACAGGCGCUCUAGAGAUAAAUCUGAUAGUCGGUCACACAGAACAGAGUAUCACAGGCAUAAUGACAGAUAUUUAUCAUCUGAUCGACCACCCUCUGGAGGCCAGUAUGACAAAUCGUACAGAGGGGAUAUAAAGAAUAGGGAGCAGGAUCAAUACCAGGAUAGAGCUGAGAGGACUGAAAAGAGAGAUGGGCCAAGAAGUCCUGGAGACUAUGAGCAUGAUCGUACAUCAUUGAAUGGAAGGAAAGGACAUCCAAAGGAUUCGAGAGUUGAUAAAGACAGUGAAACUGGUCAUAGGAAAGAGACCUACUCGAGAAAUAUAAAGGAAGUGGAAAAUGAGAGCAUAGAGCACAAAAGGAAACAUAAUGAAAGGGAAUAUGAUAAGCGGAAGGAUAGGUUUGAUCGGGGAGAAGGGGAAGAAAGGAGGAAUGAUGCUAAAUAUUCAGCUACUAUGUGUGACAGAGAUGCAAGAGACAACAAUACUCGUGUGGUUGAGGAUUCUUUAUCUAAGAAACAUAAACCGGGUCAUUUGGAAAAGCCAGCUGCAGAAGAUGGUAAGUUUUAUUUUGGAUGGCUUGUAACUUCCCAUUAUUAUGGACGUGUUAAUCUGAUCCAUCGUGAAAAGCUGCCACUAUCCGUGUAGAUGUUGGAGCAUCUCCAAGCUUGAGCAAGGAGAAGAAUGUUGCAGAUGGUAAUUCAGGAGCUGCCGGUUCAUCUAGUUCUCAGGUCGAAGUUAGUCAAGAUUUCAAUGCGGCAAAGGUUGCAGCCAUGAAGGCUGCGGAAUUAGGUACUGUAAAUGACCUCUUCUAUCAUUAUUAUAUGCAUCUAUAGCAGAAAUUCAUGAUGAUUUAUCUUUGUGUGGAACUUUGAUUUACUAUAUCCUAAUGGAAUUGAAUUUUCUUUACUUAAUGGCUAUAGUUGAUGACAGCUUUGUGCAUAAUUUCAUCUAUAAAUACUUCUGGUUUUUAAUAUGUCGGACCUGUUGGUAAUUUGUUCCUACUAAAACCGCAGACACUGAGUGUUCCACUUUGGGUAAUCCAUGGUGGACAUCUUACAUCCCACACUUCCGGCAAGUAAUUUUACGGCUACAAUAACUUCUAAAUCAGAUUCCGAGUACUUAGUUUCAAUUUGACUAACUUAGCGAAGCAGCCUGAAUCCUGGCUCCAAUAAAUUCAAUGAACUUGAAUGUUUCAAAUUUACUGUGAGCAUUUCUAUUUAUUCAUUUAGCAUGAAGCAAGGGGACCCAUGCACUGCUUCCCACAACCCAACCAGCGCCCAAAAGAUAUCAUCGGGCAGCUUCCUAGGCUGAGCAAAAAUGCAGUUUUCGCAAAUCUUACCGGAGUUCUUAGUUUUUGAAAAAACAAAUUGACUGAUUCUGGUUAUUUGUGUUUGCACUGCCUUUUUUUAUCAGAAUUUUCAUCUAAGUUUAUCUGUGUCACAAGCUUCCUUCACUGCACCAUUUUCUCUCUAUUGUUACAUUAGAUCGUGCUGCUACUGCUAAUCACAGUUAAAAAAUUCUGUGUCAUCAGAAUGCGUGUCUUACAAAACUUUAUUAAACUUGCCGCAGAGGUUUCUAUGCCGUUUUUAUGUAAUACUUCAUCAUAGUAUCGUUUGGUUGCAUCAUUUCUUCGAUUUUCCCACAAUCAUGAGGUGACCGAAAAGCUUCCCGUCCAAACAGUUAAUAAGAACCUCACGGGGUGUGGUUUCUUGUCUACCGCUCAAAAGAAGAAGCUGUUGUGGGGUAACAAGAAGAACGAACCACCAGAAGAGGUAACUCAUCUCCACGUACUAUCUAGACUCUUUACUUUUUUUUCACUUGAAAAUCUAUCGUACUAAGCAACAGAAGAGGUGAAUUGGAUCUACUUCCCUCAAAACGCAUUCACUAACUCUUGUUCGUGCAACUAUUCAUCCUCAUGUGACAAAAAAAGUCUGGUAACCGUUGGGAUCUGCCUCUGUUUUCGGACCGGGAGCGGCAGGAGAAGUUCAACAAACUCAUGGUAAUUCCCCACUCCCUUCUCCUGCACAUUCCAUGGCCGCCAUCGGAAUACCCAGUUGGUAUUAGCCUUUCUUCCCCCAUUUCUGUUGGAGCUGCGCAUUCUCUUCGGCAAUGUCAACCCCCUACUGACACACUUCUUAGAGCCUGAGUCUGCCUUGGUGCCUAUGGCCAACUGUAGGGCGUGAAGGGCGAGAUAAAGCUCGAAGCCAAACCCGACGACAGCCUCCGGGCGGAGAAGGAGAAGGAGCUCCAGAUGGACUUGGAGAAGCAGUACACCGCCGGGCUCCGCCGCCGCGACGGAAGAACUGUCGGCCUCGGUCUGUAG